AUGUCUACAACCGACGAUAUGAGCUGGUUCUGGCAGCCCCACAAGUACGUUGCGCUCAAAGUCGGUAUUGCGCAUCGCGUGGCUGUGUCACCCGUUCGAAGAGAACUCGAGCUUAGCAAGCGCAUUCAACAGAACGCCGAGGAUGGAUGUGCCACCCUCCUUCGCCCCACCCUCGAUCACUUUCAACUCCGAGGAGAAGAUGGAUCUCGUCACGAAUGCCUCAUACACGAGCUGCUGCGCGAGUCUCUGUGGGAAUUCCAGCACCGUUUCACUGAACGGAAGCUCCCUGUAGCGUUCCUCAAGGCUUACAUUGUGCUGAUGCUCAAGGCUCUGGACUUUCUUCACACAAAGUGCAACUACAUACACGGAGAUUUGAAAGACGAAAAUUUCCUUGUAGCCUUCGAAGACCCAUCCGUCAUUCAAGAGUACAUUGCAAACCUCUCAAUAAAGCCACUGUCGCGGAAGAAUGAGGGGGAUCGCACAAUUUACAAAUCCAACCCCGAUUUUGGACUCUUCAAAUCUCUUCAAGUAGGUCCUCACCUCAUCAACUUCGGCAAGGCUCAGCCAGGCGGCGAUGAUACUCUUAAGCGCCAUCCAAUGCAAGCUGCGGCGUAUCGUGCUCCAGAGGUGCUGAUGGGUAUGCCUUGGUCGUACAGUCUCGACAUCUGGAAUCUCGGUGUCUUGAUUUGGAACAUGAUGGAAGAUCGGGACCUGUUUCGAAGACCUUGUACAGAGGAUGGGACGUAUGAUGCAAAGGCACACGUCGCACAGAUGAUUGCACUCCUCGGUCACCCACCUCCUGAAUUCCUGGAGUUUGAGAAGAAGUGGAGGGACGUUCCAUGGGUGCCCUGUCCUGAUGCGACUGGCAAAAUCUGUGUCUUGCCGGGAGAAUUCUGGGGCGGUCCGUUCUUCGACGAUGACGGCCGCUUUCUGUACGACAACAUGACCCCCCAAGACCUCAAUCUCUCUGAUACGGUACGGUCUCUCGACGAGGAUGACAAAGCGUCAUUCAUGGACUUUGCGAGCCAGAUCUUGAAGUGGGUUCCGGAGCAGCGAAAGACUGCUAAAGAAUUGCUCGAGCAUCCCUGGCUGGACUUGAAGGCCGAAGCACGCCGGGCUGAGAAGAGGCAGAACCAUGAGUCUUGA